AUGUGGAUCCUUUUUUCACUGUUGCCAACCAUUAUUCAUCAAACAAGUUGCCACUUGUUGGAGAUGGUGGACGAUAUCGCCAGUUUCGAUAACAGCACACAAGUAGGUGGCACCGAGAUGUGUGUUUUAACAACAGGAAAUUCGACUCUAGAUGAAACAGCUCCAUUUCUGCUGUCUACGGUAAUGUCCAAGUAUCCAACAACGUUUGUAAAUAACAAACUAUUCAUCGACAUAAGGACAUCCAAACUCGCUAGUGUCGUUUUGCUGGACCUUACAGGAUUUCCCGGAGAGUUUCCCAGGCCCUACGUUCAACAACAUAUCUCUCACCAUCCGUGCUACAAGAAACCAGCCAAAUUCAUCAUUCUAUUGAGCGAGUUUGAUUUUCAACGAAAAGAUGAUAUGUUGCAGUUCCUCAAAAAUUAUGGAAUCUUAAAUUACGUCGCCGUUUCGAUAGCUACUGGAAGUUUAACGAAUGGUACAUUCGAGGUAUACACAGAGAAUCAAUUUACACACCAGGAGUACUUCUUCCGCUCGGAUGAUCGUCCCGUGAGUCGCUUCUUUCCCAACAAAUUCUUAGACCUCAACGGUUACGUUUUUCGCAUGCAUAGCUGGUUAGACCAGGAUGAGUUCCGGAAAAGUUUUAUGCACAAUUUCUAUUUGCGUCAAAUGACGGGUGACUUUCUUCUGUGUCCAGUGCGUACCGAACGGGACGUUUUGGGUCACCUGCUCAAACCAUUCUCAUCCGGAAUCUGGGGUAUUUUAGGUGCAAUUUUUGUGUUCUGUAAGAUAAUUCAAUUCCUGUUUCCGAAAAUCUAUCGGUAUGAUCUGAUCUCGAUCACUUUCUUCGGUGGUGGAGGCACCGAAUACCAGCAGCCCUUCGCCUUCCGUGCUGUUAUGCUGACGCUCACUGUUCUUGUGUUCUUUCUCUCGGAAGCCUACCUCACGAAGAUCAUCUCGCUAAUGUCACUAGCACCAUAUCGCAAACCACCUCACACGAUUGCUGAAGUAGCAGCGUCAGACUAUCGCAUAUUAGGAAUGAAACAUAAGGAUUUUCCUCUCUACUAUUACGAUUCUGGCAUUUGGUCGUACAAAUGUCAGUAUUUCAUUGAUUGGCUAAACCAGUACGAUAAUAUGCACAAUGACGUACAACCGUUCCACGAAGUGAUCUUUUUGCUCAAUGAUUUGGCCAGCGUCUGGAUGCUGCUGGGGGUCGGAUGGUGUAUAAUAUGA